UAUGGUGGAAGAACGGACCUUCCUAAAGGUUUAGAGCAACAAAUCGAUCGGUUUUGAGCACCAUUGCAUGACACUCAUAGAUGUAGUCAUUUGAAUCUUUCUACAUUCGAUAGUUAUCCAAUUUUUUGAACAGUUCUGAUUUUUCAACAAAAAAAUGAUUAUGGCCGAUGAAUCUGUGGAUCAAAUGAGAAUCGAGGAAUUUCUAGUGAUAGUUAAUCAUUACACUACUCAUGUAAAGUCUACAACCGAUCUAAGCAAAUGCGGGAAUUGCACAUGGGUUCUUCCGAAAUUGGAUGCACUUCAGAAGAAAAUGAUCGAUUAUCUUCAAUACAGAAAAGAUGAUGAGGAUACAAUUGAAUGGAAUACACUUAUUAUCGAACUAUUAGAUAUGCCAGAUGAGCACAACGCAGAGGAUAUUCAUAGCAAACCGUCACCAGCGAAAAAGAGAAAAUCAGAAGAAGUCAAACCAAAAAUUGAGGCAAAAAUCGAAAAGAAAGUUGCGCGUGAAGAGACGAAACUUAUGGAAUCUUCAGAUAAAAUUGAUAAAGCAAUUGAAAGUCUUGUUGCUGAAACUGAGAAUCAAUACGAUCCACUGGAUAACGUUGAAAUGGAUAGUUGGGAUGAUGAGGAAGAUGAUAGUGGAGAAGAUCAACCAGAAGAUGAAGAAGAUGAACUAAUGGAACAAGAACCGGAAAACCCACAGGAAAAUGUACAGGGACUUCGUAUUUCUGCUAAAUCUGAGUAAAUCAUUUCGGUUUUCAGAACACUUCUUGAACUUUUUUCCCUUCAUCUGGCAUGCUUCCAACUUCAUGUUACUGUUUCUUCUUGACAUUUUUUUUAAAUAAAUGUUAUUUUAAAUA